AUCAACUUUCAAUGUAGAUAUAAAUAUAAAUUCUUAUUAUUUGUAAUUUAUUUUUUACAAAAUGAGUGUAAAAGAUAAUUUUAACGUUUAUGUUGGUGGUAAAUCUGGAAUUUUCAAAGGUGUAAAAAUAGAAAAAGAAGAAUAUUUAAUAGAAAACAUACAAAAUUUGAUUUCUAUAACGGAUAAUGAUGAAGUUACAUCAAUGUCUUGGGGCGAUGAUGAUGAAAGAGAAAUUUUAAUUGGCUGUGGAGUAAAAGAUAUUAGAAGUGUAAAAGUUUAUGACUCAGGAUGUUCAACAUUUACAUGUUCUUUUUUUUGCAAUAUUGGAACAGGAAAAAUAACUGGCAUAUCUCGAUAUGAUGAAGCAAUUCUAACUGCUGUUAAAUCAGGAGAAGUAAAAUUAUGGAGAUUUAAAGAAGAAGAUGGAUUUAUAAUAAAAGCUGGUGAAAAUUUAGAUAAAAUGCGUCAUUCAAAAAUAAAUAAACAUAUAAUAGCAACUGGAGGUCAAGAACAUGAAUUAAAAUUAUUUGAUAUAGAAAGAAAAACUCGAAUAUUUCUAGAAAAAAAUGUAACUCAUGAUUGGUUACAAUUAAGAGUUCCUGUUUGGAUUUCUGACAUAGAUUUUCUUCCUCAUACAGAACAAAUUGUUACUGUUGGUAGAUAUGGACAUGUACGUUUAUAUGAUCCAAAAGUGCAAAGAAGACCAAUUAUAAAUAUAGAAAUGAAAGAUGAAAUAUUAACGACUUUAAGUGUAGUACCACAACAGAAACAAAUUAUAGUAGGUACUGGUAAAGGUAAAAUGAAUCUUGUGGAUCUAAGAAAACCAGCUAAAGUAUUAAAUACAUAUAAAGGAUUUGUUGGAGGUGUAACUGGAAUAGCUUGUAGUACAGUUGAACCUUAUAUUAUUAGUGUUAGUUUAGAUAGAUAUUUACGAAUACACCAUAUUAAUACAAAACAAUUAUUAAAAAAGAUAUAUUUAACAUCAAAAAUAUCAUGUAUGGUAUUACGUUCAGAUUUCUCAUUUUCAAAGGAUAACGAAAUUAAUGAACAAAAAAGUACACAAAAGUAUAAUAAAAAUAUUAUUGAGAAUUUUGAAGUAAAAAAACAAGAAAAUAUACAAACCAAUUUAGAGUAUUCAGAUUCAGAAUAUGAUAUGUUAUUUGAAAAAAUGCAAGUAAUUAGUAACACAGAAGAUAAAAAAUUAAUUGAAAAAAAACGAAAAAAGAUUAAUAAAAAAGGUUUAUCAGAUAAUACAAUUAUCUCUCAUAAAUCCGAACUAAAGAGAAAAGAAAAGGCAGAAAAAUUUUCCAAGAUAAAAAAGAUAAAAACAUUAAAAUCAACAUAAUUAUAAGUAAAAAAAAAUAUUGAUAAUUAUCAAUAUUUCAUGUAAAUGAUCAUUUAGAUCUCCUAUACAACAAAGGUUAGAUUUCCUAUACAAACAAAGAAAACUUUCGUAUAUUUUUAUAUGUAUAUCUGUUUUUAUAAAUGAUAAAAAAUGUUAUUUAUAUUAAAUAAGAAAUUUAAAAUAAAUUUCACGAUAUUUAAAAGAAGGAAGAAGUAGAAAAGGAAGGCAUAAAAAUCAUUACAAACACUGAAGUAAAAUGUUUCAUUUACGAUGUAUUUUGUCACUCAGCAAUUCGUUUCUUUUUUUUCAUUUGUACCUUACAUGUACAAGGGACAUGAAUAAUGCGCUAAUAGCUUUUGCCCUGGAUAUACAGUACUGAGACGCGACUAAGUGUACUGCCUAAUUACUCGAUUAAUUCUUUAUUGUACAAUUUAUUCUUAAUACCUUGUCUAUAUAUUGUUUUGGUUCACGAAUGCAGCGUACACCGACUUCAAUGGUUUUUAAUCACUAAUAACGUUUAUUUUCUGUUAACAUUAUAUUAACUUGUGCCUUUGUUUGCAAUAAUAAUAUUGAAAUCGGUUGCGCUGCAAUAUAGGCUACUGUAGAUCUUUUUACGUCUAAAAACUAGAAAAAAUGAACGUGACAACUUGUAAAGUUGAAACGUAUUUUGUACUAAAAGGAAACAAUAUAUUCGCAGCUACAGCACACUAAACCUUAUUCGGCUAUAAUCCUUUCAGCUGUACAAAAAUCAUUGUCCACUACGCCUCUUGUUAAUUAAUACUAACGUAAAUUUUCUUUAUCCUGACUCCGUUCUUUGAAAUGGAAUAUUUAUUCUUAUCCCCAUAAAUGUAAUCUAGGAAUAAUUUUACUAAAUUACAGGCACUGUCCCCUUCAAAAUUCAAAUAGGUGAUAUUCAUCCAUAUUUCUAUAAACAAAAUGGAACUUUGUGUCAAAAAGGCAAAUAUAUCCCUGACACAGAGACCAUUUAUAUAUACAAAUUUUCGCAUAGAUGUAACAUUCCAAGAUCUGUAUAAUUUAUAAUUCCAUCUCUUUUUUCGUGUAAUAAGCGUAGAAUGAAAUCUGUUUCAAAAUGAAACAGUUUUCAGCUUAAUAAAUCGUUUGUACAGGAAUGCUUUCUGCCAUUCAUUUUAUAAUUUCUUAUUUAAUCAUAUACAAUGUUGAAAAUCAGUGAAAAUCAUAUUUUACAUAAUUUUUAAAUAUAAUUCAACAUUGAUGCUUGUUUAUAAUUUAUAUGUGAUA